UGCUUCCUGUGGCUCACAUGUACAUACACACACUAAACUAGAUGAUGGAUUCUUCAAAGAGUAAAGACUCAUCCAAUAGUGGCCGUGAGGACAGUAAUACAGACAACAACGAAGAUGAAAAAGCCGAGUUGUGUCCCGGUUUCAAAGACGCAGAUGCCUUCGUUAAAUAUGGACUUGGUGCUGUAUUAUCAGCCACCAAAGCAUCUGCCAGCUUGCCUCAAGCUGGAGAUGAAUUUGAUUUCUAUCGAAGCUUCCCGGGCUUCCAGGAGUUCUGUGAAACUCAGGGAGAUAAGCUCCUGCACUGCAUGAGUCAGAUAAUGCAGCACCAUGGCUGCAGAUCUCACAUGAGAGACCGCAACAAGCUGACGGGGUUGGAGGAGAGGUUUGACUUGGUUGUGGACUCAAACGAUGUCAUCCUCGAAAGAGUGGGGAUUCUUCUUGAUGACGCUGACGGGGUGAAUAGGGGCCAGCAGCCUGUCAUGCCUGCAGGGUAUCAGCCUCCCAAGAUUGUCGUCUCGAGCUGGAAUCGCAAGGGUUCAAGCUCUUCCAGUCGUUCUGGGACGUUCAAACUGCUCCAUGCCAAGAACAUUAUGAGGCCUCAGCUGAAAUUCAAGGAAAAAGUCGACAACAGCAACACGCCCUUUAUUCCCAAGAUCUUCAUCAAGCCCAACGCAAUAAAGUCUCUUCCUUCUUAUUUCACCAACAAACAAAUCCGAAAAGAGAGACCUGAGGAUCUGGAUGUCCCGGCUGCCCUGGCUGACUUCAUUCACCAGCAGAGAACUCAGGAACAUGUUGAAGACAUGUUUGCACACCCAUAUAAAUAUGAACUGGAUCAUCUUACAGUAGCAGAAAAUCUUCUGUCAAAGCCAGAACCUCAGAUGUACAAACCAAUAACGGAGACAAAGUGCUCCUACAUUGAAACACUGGAAGAUCUGGUGGCUCUUAACGAGAAGCUCUGCAAACUGUCUGAAUUUGCUGUGGAUCUGGAGCACCAUUCCUACAGGAGUUUCCUCGGCCUCACCUGUCUGAUGCAGAUCUCCACCAGAGACGAGGACUUCAUCAUCGAUACCUUGGAGCUCCGCAGUGAGAUGUACAUCCUGAACGAGGCGUUCACUGACCCGGCUAUCGUCAAAGUAUUUCACGGUGCAGACUCUGACAUUGAGUGGCUCCAGAGAGACUUCGGCUUGUAUGUGGUCAACCUCUUCGACACACAUCAGGCCAGUAGAGCCCUGAACCUGGCCAGACAUUCCCUCGACCACCUGCUCAAACACUUCUGCAAAGUGGACUCGGACAAACGCUACCAGCUUGCUGACUGGAGGAUUCGCCCAUUGGCAGAUGAGAUGGUGCAGUAUGCACGGACAGACACCCACUACCUCCUUUACAUCUACGACUGUGUGAGGGCGCAGCUGUUGGACUUCAACUACGGGCAGCCUGGCCUGCUGCAGAGUGUCUGGAAUAAGAGCAAAGACAUUUCCCUGAAGAAAUAUGUGAAGCCUAUAUACACAGAGGAGUCCUAUUUGGAGCUGCAGAGGAAGCAGAAAAGGUCUUUUAACACCCAGCAGCUCACUGCCUUCAGACUGCUGUUUGCCUGGAGGGACAAGCUGGGCAGGCAGGAAGAUGAAAGCACCGGAUUUGUGCUGCCAACUCACAUGAUGAUCAAAAUAUCAGAGGAAUUGCCCAAGGAGCCUCAGGGCAUCAUUGCCUGCUGUAACCCUGUGCCCCCACUGGUGAGGCAGCAGGUCAACGAGCUCCAUUUGUUAGUGCAGGAAGCUAGAGAAAUGCCGCUCCUUAAGGCUGAAAUUGCAGCUCAAAAGAAGAAAGGACUCACGCCCAUAAAAAAGCCAGAGGUUACCUUGUUUGGUCCUCACGAUACAUCCAGGGUCUCUGAGAGCGAUCUCCCCCACUUUUCUGCUGAUGAACUGCCUGUUAAACAAGGGGUGCUCUUUUCGGAUGAUGAGCACAAAAUGGAUGUUGAUGUCCAGAAAACAAGUGGUCUCACUGCAGAAGCCAAAAUCACACUGUUUGAGGAGCUGGAAACAAAGAUUGACGAAGAGUCCCUCUCUGUGGGUCAGAUGAAAGCCAGACGCAUCAUUGAGUCUUUUGAAAACCCUUUCAGAAUGUAUCUACCAUCCAAUGAUGUGCACAUCAGCAAGAAUGCCAAGUUUGACCCCUCUUCAAAAAUAUUUGAGAUCAGUAAAAGAUGGAAACUGAUGAGUAUUGAACAGCAGCAGAAGGAGUUGGAGUCCAAGAGGAAAGCCAGGGAAGAAGCAAAGGAACAUGUGAAGAAAGUGGCAGAGGAAAGAAAGAAGGCUAAACAGAGCUACCAGGAGUCUCUACAGAACGUUGCCACCGUUCGUCAGCAAGCAGCGGAAUAUGCAAAAGGCGAAGCAAAGAAGAGAGAGAGGCCCGCCAGCGAGGUUGGAGAGUCAACUCCCAAGCCGAGUAAGAAACUGAUGAAAUCUGCAGAGCAGCCCCAGAAGACAGAACCACCUCCCCAAGACACCUUCAAGCCUUUCAACUACAAUCAAUCAGACAUGAAAGUAUUUGCUGGUAACAAGGCGAAGGACAACACACAGUUUGAUCCGAACCGGCAAAACCAAGAUUCUAAGAAAAGGAAAACUCCCAAAGGACAAAAAUCUAAUUUUGGUCCUGGAAACCGAAGUAUGUCGUACCUGACUGGAAAAUCUGAGAGAGGAUUCCGGCAUAACUGGCCCAAAAGAUAGACUCUUCAAUAUCAUUUUCUUUAUUAUUUUAAAACUUUUUUUUUUUUUUUUCAGAAACAAUGUUCUUCUCCUUUCCUUCUUGCUAAUGAAAUUCACUAUUUCAAUAUUUAAUGAAUUUCAAAGUGUAUUUUUUCCCAUCUGUGAACAGUUUUCCCUGUAAAUAUGUGGAACCACAGACCUCCUUAUUAAAAAUGAUUUUAGAGGAAAG